GGUGGCGGCCGCUCUGUUCGCGGCGCCGGCGGGCGGCUGAGGCAGUGGAGGGGAGCGGAGGGGCCAUGGGGACGCAGGGAGCCGGGCGGAAGCGGCUGCCGAACCGGGAGCGCCUGACGGCGGAGGACGAUGCGCUCAACCAGAUCGCCCGUGAGGCUGAAGCAAGACUCGCAGCAAAGCGAGCGGCACGGGCAGAGGCACGGGAGAUCCGGAUGAGGGAAUUGGAGAGGCAGCAGAAAGAGGAAGACAGUGAGCGUUAUUCCCGUAGAGCCAGAAGAAAUGCCUCGGCUUCGGAUGAAGAUGAGCGCAUGUCAGUGGGUAGCCGUGGAAGCCUGAGGUCUCACUUGGAACACGCCAACACCUAUCCAGUGGCUGGAUUAGAGAAUGAGAGGACCAAAAAGAAGAACUACUCCAAAGCAACCAAUGGUUAUGAGGACGAUGUGUAUGGAUCAUCCCAAAGUAGAAAAUCUAGCAGGGCAUCGUACUACUCUGAUCUGGGGCUCCACAACAGCGGCUAUGCUUCUACAUCUCAACCUUCAUCCCAAAAUGGAAACUGGCCCUCCUUGCUGUGCAGCGAUGCCCCAGCCAGAAGUUACAGGGCGUCUGUGUAUGACGAGAGCGUUUACAGUGGGAGUCGUCGGUAUAGUGCCUCUAGUUCUCGUGCUCCUUCUGAGUACAGUUGCUACCUUGGGUCAGGAUCUCGGGCAUCCUCAAGAGCCAGCUCUGCUCGGGCCAGUCCAGUGAUUGAGGAAAGGCCAGAAAAAGACUUUGAGAAGGGAGCACGUACUGUCUCAAGUUUAUCAGCAGCUACCUUAGCUUCUCUGGGUGGGACUUCUUCACGAAGAGGCAGUGGGGAUACAUCCAUCUCCGCUGAUACAGAGGCAUCUAUUAGAGAGAUAAAGGAUAUCUAUGAGUUAAAGAACCAGAUUCAGGAUGUAGAAGGCAAAUACAUGCAGGGACUGAAAGAAAUGAAGGACUCUCUAGCCGAAGUGGAAGAGAAAUAUAAGAAGGCUAUGGUGUCAAAUGCUCAACUAGACAAUGAAAAAACAAAUUUCAUGUACCAAGUAGAUACCUUGAAAGAUGCGCUCUUAGAGUUAGAAGAACAGCUGGCAGAGUCCAGGCGGCAAUAUGAAGAAAAAAGUAAAGAAUUUGAGAGGGAGAAGCAUGCUCAUAGCAUAUUGCAAUUUCAGUUCAUGGAAAUCAAAGAGGCUUUGAAGCAAAGAGAAGAAAUGCUUGCAGAAAUCCAGCAGCUGCAACAGAAACAACAGAGCUAUGUCAGGGAAAUUUCUGAUCUUCAGGAGACAAUAGAGUGGAAAGACAAAAAAAUAGGGGCGUUAGAGAGGCAGAAAGAUUUCUUUGAUUCCAUAAGGAGUGAGCGGGAUGACCUUAGAGAUGAAGUGGUUGUGCUGAAGGAGCAACUGAAGAAACAUGGAAUAAUCCCAAAUUCUGAUGUAGCCACCAAUGGGGAGACAUCAGACAUUCUUGAUAAUGAAGGACACUUGGAUUCUUCCAAAACUAUUCCAGGCACAACUCAGGCAUUAAAGACUGGAGGGGAUGGGAUGUUAGGCAAAGCCAGUGAAGUGGACAUGAAAAAUGAGAUUUUGGAGGAUAUGGGGAAAAGAGAAAUCUUGCAGAAUACUGAGCAUGAGGAACACAAAGAGGAGUCUGAGGAGCAGGAAUUGCAUGCUGAUGAAAAUGCAAAGGCACAAAAAAUGGUUGAAGAACGUGAUGCCCUGUCAGCAGUGACGUUACCAGAUAGCGGGUUUACAGUACAAAUUCAAAGCCUUACAGAACACGUAUCAGGGAGUACUUCUUCAAAUGAUGACAGUGGUGCAGAUGAUUUGAGAAAGGUGGCAGAGUCUGCAGGCACAGCAGUCCAGCAGCCUGUCAGUACAGAGGCUGAACACUGUGACUUAAAUGCAAUGUCAGAUCAGAACUUGGAGGUGGGCUCUCUCCAAGGUCAUCAGAUGUUUGACACUCCUCAGGAAAUGCAUAGUGACUUAGGCACAGAGCCUGAACUGGAAAAAGCUGCACCCCAACAGCAAGAACAAGAGGAUCUUGAAAGUAGCCAUGUCCUGAGUGAUAAUGAAAUGGAUCAAGAGGCCAACAUCACAAGCGAGAGCUGUGUGUUAGCUUCUAACCAGGCAGGGCUCCCAGAGAUUACAGCAGCAGGCUUAGUUAGCGAAGAGGUGAAAGUGGAGAGCCACACCGAGACACUCCAGCACUCAGAAGAAAGUGCCAAAAACCAGGUUACAAGUGUCUUGGAGGAAAAGUUUGUUGAAGGCCAAGACAGUACCAGUGGAGGAGCUGGAGAAACAGGUGAUAGAGCUGAACAAGAAAAUGAGGUUGGGAACACAGUUCAGGGUCAGUCGAUGGAAACAGAGCCUGUGGGUUUGGAGGGGAUGGAGGCAUGCGGAAGUGGUGUCCCAGCAGCUGAAAUUGAAGAGGAAGGCGGAGGCCAUCAGGCAUUCAUUCAGCCAGUUUCUGCAGAGGACAGUCCGUCAGCAUCAUCAGAGAAACAAAAUAUGCAGUAUGAAUCUGAACUUGAAAAUGCUGUGGCUGAGAAGGAUGGACAAAAGGAAGCAUUAACAGAAGAACUGGAGAUGUGUUCAGAUUCUGCAGAAACAGGCAAGCAAGAUAAGAUCUCUGUGGAGGCUGUGGACUGUAUUACUGAGGUAGAAGGAAGUGUUCUACAGCAGGCAGAGCCAGACAGAGAGAUUGUGGUGCAGGUGAUGACUCAGGAAACCAGUUUUGACCCAAGCCUUUUAGAUGACAGGAUUAAGGAGUCAGAAUUAGAAACAGGGGAUGAGUCUGGGACAGAAAAGGAAAGUAGGACAGAAUGGGUAGAAGAUACAAAGCUGAAGGUAGGAGUUCAAACUGUUCAGUCUAGUGAAGAAGCAAUAGGUGGGACAGUAGGAGAAAAAAAUACUCCUUUCAAAGGUGAAGCACAGAAUGUAGCUAAACAAGAGGAAGGUGAAUCCAAAGAGGAGUCAACUGUAGAUGUUAGUGUAGCUACUGGAAAGAAAGUUAGUAAAGAAACACCGGAAGAAAAUGAGCAAGAGUUAGAGCUUGCAGACCACCAUGGGGAUGGAUGUACUUCUGAAGAAGGUGCAAAUAAUUCCCUGGCACAGAAAGCCGAGUCGGAUGCAAAUGUUAGUGAGCACAUUAUACUGGAGGAUCAAGCCAAGGAAAGACUGGAAGGUGAUGGUGGUGUCUUUGGUUUUGAUCAAGAGUCAAAACAGAUACUAGAAACUGAUAAAAAAUGUGAUGAAGAGAAAGCUUAUACACAGAAAUAUGAGGGUCAUGGAACAAAGGGUGCUGCUGGAAAAACGGCCCAAACAGAUGAAGCUGGAGAAGGAAAAGGCAAAAUAGAAACAGAAGACAUCUUGACUAAAACUGACAGCUUGCAACAAAAAAAAGCUGAUGAGCCUGAAGAAACAGGGGAAGCAUCAUGGAAAACUGAGGAGAAGACUGAUGUGAUGGAAGAUGAAAUCAAAGCAUCAGAUUCUAAUAAAGUAGAAAAAAUACCAGGUGAAAAUGUAAUGGAACAGGAUUUGGAAAGUGCUGGCAAUAACAGGGAAGAAAGCAAGGAGGAUUUGCAGAGUGGUCGAAGGGGCAAGGGUAGAUCUAGAGAUGACUGUACAAUAUCCUAAGUUCAGAAUCCCAAGACUACAAAAGCUACAUGCCAUUUGAUCAGUCCCAGUACAGAAGCAUGCACUUUGCACAAUACAUCAGGCCUUAAGAAUACUCUUAAAUUGAGGUGUUUUUUUUUAUAGGUAACUCUCAUCAUAAUACAAUGUUAUGUAAGUGGUAAUGAUGCAAAUAUUAAGUUACUCACUGACGUACCUGGCCACAAGAAAUUGUGUGUGGGUUCAGUACUGCUGUGUCUCAGGUUAAAAGUUUAUCACUGAAAAAGCAAGCUUCACAGAUCUUCACUUUCUUGCCAUUAAAACACUUUUAGUGUGGAUAACUGCUACUGAGUAAUUUCUAUAGGAAACUCUUUGUUUUUCUAGCCUAGAUGAUAGAUGUUUUGAAUGUACUUAAUGUGCCCUUCGUGCACUUAUGCACAUACUUAUGUGUACUUGCAUGCAUGAGAUCUACCCUAAGUACAUUACCACUUCAUGAAGGAACUCAGUGGAUCAGCAACACUGAUGUGAUUUUGAGCCUUCUUUCUGAAUGAUUGAAGCCUAGGAACCAAUUUGGGGAUUUUUUCCCCCCAUUGGAAAAAGAUGAUGCUCUCAUUCCAUUUUUGUGUGUUUCUCAUAUGGUCAUAGUCCCAAAUAUAGUUAGGUCACUUUGAGUCUGUUCAGCCUAAGCAGUUCAGAAGGACAAUAUUCAGUUUGAAGGAAGCGCCAUGUAUACACGUCUUAGUUUGCUAAAGGGAAUAAAUAUUACAUGUUUACUUCAUCUGGGCAGUUUGCACCACAAUAGGCCUUUACUCCAUGGCUCACAUGGAGGUUUUUCUGUUUCUGAAGAAAGUUUCAAUACACUCUGUAAUGUCUGCUUAGAUUUGCUAUCAAGUACUGUCUAGUUAUGAAUAUAUAAAAUAACUAUUUUUUCCAAGAAGUUUUUUGUUUAAAACUGCAUUUCUUUACACUUUUUUUUUUUUUUUUUUUUGAACUAUGAUUCUGAAAGAAUCUGAAAAUUUCUUUAUCUUGGAAAAUUCUUACCUCUUCCUUUCUGGAAAGAAGAUAACUUUGCAUGUCUUAAUUCUCACUGGACAUCAGACCAAAGACUAUUGUUAUUCUGUAUAGUAGCCCCUGUGCCUUUUUGAAAAGCUGGAUUGCUUUAAAUUGCUGGCAUAAAUUAAACACUUUGACUCCAUUGGUGUAUUUCUCCUUGUAUUUUUGCUGGUGCUUGGGAGGAAGAGCACGUCUUGCAUACUUAAAAAUCCAUUUAAAGUUGUUCUAAGCAAUGAACAUCCCAAGGAAAUGCAAAUUGAGGAAUUGGGGGGCGGGGGGGGAGCGCUAUGGAAGGUUGUAUUUGUGAUGUUGCAAAGUUGAUGGAGUACAAACAGACUGCAAAAUGUCAAGAUGUAUAUCAAAGUGUACUGAGCUGUAUAUAAUUGAAAUAAACAUAUUUUAUACUCUAAAUUGCCUGUCUAGAGCACUGUUUAUAAACCUGCAUCAAUAUUUAUUUAAAUCUGUAUAAUGUAAAAAACAUUUUUUUUCUGCAGCUUUGUUUAAAUUGAUUGUGUUGCGCUAGAAGACCUAUUUUACUAGGAAUGGGCAGCCUUGGUGUUUGAAGACCUUUAAUACAUGACAGCAUCCUUUACAGUUCUGUUACAGGUCACAGUUAACCUGUAACUCUUUUUUCAUACGGCUUCUCUCCAACUUAGAACAGUUCCAGUAUGGUUUCCCUAAGUAUUAGCAGUUGUUCUUAAGGGUUUACCUUAAAUGCUAAUCUAAAAGGUCAUAGACCUUAAAAGCAUCUUUCAUUACUAUGUGGUAGUGUUUAUUUAAAGAUUUGUCUCUGUUGUACUUGAAAGAGUAAUGCACAGUUUAAUGUUGAAAGUAUUUUAAAUGCAUUUGUAUUUAAAUGAUAAAUACAGUUAAAUAUAUAAUUAAACAUCCUUCCCAGGCUUCACCUAUACUUGUGGAUGGAUCCAUAAGCAGCUCUCAGUGAAAUUAGGAACAUGUCAGUAUUUUCUGUGUUUUUCAUACAAGUUUGUUUCUAAAAUGCUUCUGGAUAGUUGAGGAGAUAGUCAACUAAUUUGAACUAGUUUUUCCACUCCAGAAAACAAAGUAUCUGUAAGGGAGGUCCUUUUUAAAGCCAAGUCACAGAAGGAGAAACAAUUCUAGUUUUAACUGUCCAUUUACAAGCUUUUAUCCCACAGUAAGUGUCCGACUCUCAGCGAAACUAGAGUAGGAGCAAGAACAUUGGCAUAGCUGCUGUACUAGAAAUCCAUCCUUGAGAACGUUACUGCUUGGUACGUCUGUUGGUAGCUGAUCGCUGACUUCUGGAAUUGGGCAAGUACCAUGGAGGAAAAGGUCACUGUUUUCUUUUACCUCUUUCGUUUUUGCUUGAGUGUAUACACACAUCGAGUGAGAGGCAGAGGGCUCCCAGAUAAAUCAGUUUGAAGAUAAAGGGAGCUGCUAGGUGUUCUAUUCACAAUUGAGUAAUUUAAAUAUUUUAUGCCAGCUAGCAUUGAGUGAAAUGUGUGCCAUUAAAAAGGGAGAGGAGAUGGUGUCUCAGAAGGAAAUACCUAGAAAAUACAUCUUUCAUAAAGUUACACAGCUGAGAACAGUUUUUAGCAUUUUCCCUCCCAUAUCUAAUGAAAACAAGAAAAGAUACAGUUUGUCCCUUUCCUUAUUGGUUUUGACUUUCAAGGGCAGCGAAAUAGCAAAUCAUUCUUUUCAUAGUCUUAACAUGAAACCAAGAAAUCAUGAGAGGACGUAAAACCAAGAUUCAUAUUUUCUGCUAUUAUGUUACCAGUUUUGCUUUGGGCAGGGACAAUCUGAUAAGCACCACACGCAGCAUUUAAGACUUGUAUCUCAAAAUAGCUCCAUAGCUCCAAAUGCUGAGUUUUCUGUUCCAGACCUGGUGAUCAGCACAUGUGGCCUCUAAUCCUGGCUUGUGCAUUCCUGUGAAUUUGGAGCUAGCCUGAAACGCUUUCAAAAGCAGUAGCUGAAGAAACUCAUUUGCCUUAUUCAGCAAGUAAUAGUGAAAAAAUUUGGUCAGUGUUUUCUUAUUACAGAAAGGAACAGGCCUCCUGUCCUGUCUCUCAAAAUCAGUAUUGCAAGCUUGUGUCUUCUUUAUCUUAAGCUCAUUCACUGACCCAACAGCGUGUCCCCAGCAGCGUCUCUCUUUUGGAAAGAGGGGAAAGCAUUUCUCAGAGUUUGUUAUUGUUGUUUCCUGGUGAUCCAGAAUAAAUCAGCAGAUCUGGGAAAGGAGUAUUAUCCAACCUGCUAUUGAUUCGUGGAGGCUGUAAUGAGUAGCUGCUUGGGGCUGCUGGUAUGAUUUCAUGGGAUGUUUUCCCAUCCUCCAACUACAGUUUACCCCUUGCAAUUGCAUUGGCAUUAGUUACUUUCUGGGCCAUACAUCAUGCAAAUAAUUUGUGUUAAAAUCAGCUGCUUCCCACCCUGGGCUCCCCUCCAGGUAGGAAGAUACAUCAGGGAUCGGUGGCUGAUUAGGGCGUGUUAGGUCAACUGUGCCACUGGAACAGCACCCACAUUAGUAAUACCUUGAGUCAAUUACAAUAUCAAAGUAAUAAGGAUAGUAAUUUGACUUGCAAACAGGCCUGUACAAAAGCAGAAGACACUGGUAAACACCCCCCCCACACACCCUGUGUUGUGCUGUCUCCCAGGUCUUCCCAGGGCCCAGCUCCUUCCAUCAGCCGUCAGUUAAGCUCUUUGGUGUAUGAAAGCCAUGUAUCAGUGCAGUGACUAGCCAGGGAAUCAUGUUCCCGAAGUUAAAUCUAAGUGAGAUGAGUGUCACACUGCCAUUGUUCAUCUUUGCAUGUGAAAUAGAGAUGGUGACAGUUAUAGAUGACCAUUUUAAUUAGCUGCUUUUCAUCCUAAUUCAGUAGAUUGCUCUUUUCUGCUCACCGGUCCUCAAGGUCCUCAGAUCCUUGAUCUGUUAGAAAAAUGUCUCCUGACUGCAAAAUGAAUGCGACUGUAGAGAUACCUGUUAAAGCUAAAGUAAGUUUUCUGUUAGUGUGAGGUUUUAAGAGAACAAGACCCAAGAGACUUUUGCCCGUGCAUGCAGAAAAAUUUUCGACAUGAAUGGCAGUUUUAACAAACUGAUUUUUUUCUGUGGUCUUGUAAAUCCUGAUGCCAGUGUGUUAUCUGCCCCAGUGGGCAGAUGUCCAUAAUGGGUGAAGAGAGAACUGAUGGUAAGACAGAUUCGAAGGUCCAUCCCAAAACUCAGGGAAAGGGGCUGGAAGAAGCUGGUGUGCUUCUUUACUGGAAACUAGAGGAGGUGUCCUUUUUCAGGCGGGCAUUCUUCACCCCACAGCAGCAGUUGUGUUAAUGAAAGUCACUUAGCUGAGUACAUGACUAAGUUAUUUUCAGGAUCGAGAUGGAUUAUUUGGACCCUUUGGAGUAAAUAAAUUUGGGCUAAUUUUGUAGGGUCUAGAGUUUCCUUUUGCAUCAGUCCUCAUUCUCUUUCCAGUCCGUAGAACUCCAUUUCUCAGUCUUUGCCAACCUAUGACUUCAAGCCCUAUCUCCAAGUCUGAAUAUUGCUGACCUUUCUUUUAUUUAUCCUGUCCUUGCUUUCUUCAUCGACCAUUACUUUUCUUCGCUAUAUUUCAUCUUUCACAGAAUUUCUCUUAAGCUUCCUUUCCUUCUCAUAUAGAUAAGUGGAAUUGUGUAGUUAUUUUGAAGGGAUUUAUAUUUGUGAAUUUCUGUUACUCAUGGCAGGUUACAAAAAUCUGGUUUUUUUUGUUUGGUUUUUUCAUAUCAAUGCUCAGGUGUAACAGUGGUGGGUGUGUUACAAAUGGCUGGGA